AUGAAGGCAGCAGCAGUGUUUUGUUUCGUGGCUGUGUUGCAGCUAUCAGCAGCAUUUUUCAAAUCCCCACCGGCUCCUGCGCCCGUGUACUCCCCGGCGCCCGCUCCCGUCUAUGCCCCGGCUCCCGUUUAUUCUCCACCUCCCGUUUAUGCCCCGGCCCCCGCUCCUGUAUACACCCCAGCCCCCGCUCCAGUGUAUUCUCCUCCCCCCGUGUAUACACCCACUCCGGCCCCUGUAUACAUUCCCCCUACCCCUGUUUGCGCACCACCCGCUCCCGCGCCCGCUCCUGUCAUCCUUCCCGCUCCUGUAUACACCCCACCUGCACCUGUAUACACCCCACCUACCCCUGUAUACACCCCACCUACCCCUGUAUACACCCCACCUGCCCCUGUAUACACCCCACCUGCCCCCGCACCGGUGUACUACCCGCCUCAACCAGCCCCCUGUGCCCCAGCCUAUGCCUACGAACCUACCAUCUCCUACCAGCCUAACUUGGAAUGGGAGCCCACUGUGUCCUACACUCCGGCCAUAGAGUACGAGCCUACCUUGACCUACGCUCCUACCCCGAUCUACGAUGCCACCCCGAACAUUUACUAUUUGUAA